UACAGUUCGCUGCCGGUGCUAGGCCAGGCCCUCGAGUCCGGUGGGGGGGGGAAAGGAGGGAAUCCGCCUGGAGCUGUGGCCGGGCCUCGACAGCGGCCGGCCCCUCCCCGUGUUUCUGCCGAUCGCCCCUUUCCCUGGGUCCGGAGAGAUCAGCUCCUUCUCUCCCCAGUCCCGCUUCCCUCACCCUGUAACUUGGACGCAGCUGUUUCCGAGGAAGGGGUAACCGAGCCAGGGAAAUCUCUUGAAGGAUAUUCUUAUGGAGGGACCGAUCCUCACCGACCAGAAUAAUCCAUCGGACAGUCCCGGGCUUGGUUUCCCCCUCUGCGGGUGAAUUAACUGAGCCUCACCCUGGGUGGCGGUCUCAGGAAUAAUCCAAGGGAAGAUUAUUUGGAUUUCUGAUGUUGGUCGACUGAAUCUCGUACUGGAGUUGUAUUUAAACUACUAACCAGCCAUGAUUUCAAACAGGGACGAUAGUCAUGUCGAAGAAACUAGUUCAUCUUCAGAUGCACGCAAGCUUGCUCAUGUUAUAAGUUCAAAUAUCCAGAAGAUUGCACAAUAUUCUGCAGAAAUCCAAAAUACUUUGGGCUACUUCGGUAAACCUGAGGAUAAUCUAGAACUUCGACACCAGCUUCAGCAGAAGCAGCAGUUAGUAAACCACCUUGCUAAAGAAACUGAGAAGAAUUUAAGGGAACUUGGAUUAAUAAAAUCUUUAACUGACCAGAGGCAGAGGAAGAUAAUGAAAGAUCGUUUAGUAGCAGAAUUCACUACAGCACUAACAAAUUUUCAAAGAAUCCAACGAGAAGCUGCACAAAAAGAAAAAGAAUUUGUAGCAAGAGUACGUGCUGGCUCGCGUCUGUCGCAAGGUUUACCUGAUAAUGAAAAUGAUGGGAAACUGGUGUCAAUUGAAGGUCCAAAUCAGGUUCAAGAUCAAAUGGAAGAUGGAAUUACAGUGGAGGACUUGGAGCUUAUCAAAGAACGAGAGUCUGCGAUUAGGCAGCUGGAGUCUGAUAUCCUGGAUAUUAAUGAAAUAUUUAAAGACUUGGGAAUGAUGAUUCAUGAGCAAGGAGAUCUAGUUGAUAGCAUAGAAGCCAAUGUGGAAACUGCUGAAGUACAAGUUCAGCAAGCAAACCAGCAACUUAGCAGAGCAGCCGAAUACCAGCGCAAAUCUCGUAAGAAGAUGUUCAUCCUAAUCGUGGUUUUGGUAAUUUUAGCUGCGAUACUAGGAAUCAUUAUCUGGGCUUCUGUGAAAAAGUAAAUUCAGAUGGUUUAGUAUAGACAUUGCACUCAAGUCCUGGCAUAACAUUAAACAUCAAUAGAGUGAGGGGUUAUUUACUGAUGCCUAAUACUUUAGUCCAAUAAAUAAUUUAGAAAAUAAACAGAUAUUCAAAGUAUGCUUUCUAGCAAUAUAAUCAGAAAAUGUAAAUUAUAAAUUAAAAUGCUGUGCUUUGCAAAUUCAAAUGUCACCAAUGUAAUAAUACAUAUCUUAAGUCUCUUGAUGCUUGUAACAAAAUGUCUUAGGAAUUUUUUUCCUCUGUACCAGGUUGCCAUAAUCUUAAUCUUCAGGAUCUGCUGACGAUUGUUGAUUUUAUUUUAGUUUUACCUAAUUUCCAGGCAAAAGGCAUUCCGAUUGAUAGAGGUAUGCCUGGUCCAGUGCUGAAUUUUUGUUCAUUUUUUUAAAAUGGUGCCAGUUUAACCUCUUUUCUAUUCCUGGUCGACUGCUGACACCUUUGGCUUUGUGCCUGCCCAUAAUCACUAAAUGAAGUUAGAAUGCACUCAGUUACAUCAAUAGUAUAUAGACUCCUUUCUUAAAAAGUAACUUGCAAUUGUCUGGUGUUUGCAACAUUUGCACUGAAUAGAUUUAGCCUGACUUUGUAACACAUACGCCCCUUUGUAUUGUGUGUAAUCUUAAUGAACAAUGCAGAAAGGACUAUAUUUAUAUUCCCGGGGAUGUAUUAUGCAUUUUAAUACAAAUUGUGCCAUUUUGAGAUUGUAUGCUUGCAUAUGGUUUUUCAGAUUUGGAUUAAAAAAUUAGACUAGACUGUAGAACAAAAUGCAAAAAUGCUGCUUAAAUAAACUAUUUGUCAAUA